CACAAGAACACAGUAACAAUGUCCAUCCUGCCGUUCACUCCUCCCAUCGUGAAGAGGCUGCUCGGCUGGAAGAAGGGAGAGCAGAACGGCCAGGAGGAGAAAUGGUGCGAGAAGGCUGUCAAAAGUCUGGUGAAGAAGUUGAAAAAGACUGGACAGCUGGACGAGCUGGAGAAGGCCAUCACAACACAGAGUGCCAACACCAAAUGCAUCACCAUACCCAGAUCUUUAGAUGGGCGUCUGCAGGUCUCCCACAGAAAAGGUCUUCCUCAUGUCAUCUACUGUCGCUUGUGGCGCUGGCCAGACCUGCAGUCCCACCAUGAGCUGAGGGCCGUCGACCACUGUGAAUUCGCCUUUCACACCAAGAAGGAUGAAGUCUGCGUCAACCCCUACCACUACCAGAGGGUGGAGACGCCCAUUCUGCCUCCUGUCCUGGUACCACGACAUACAGAUAUCCCUGCAGAGUUUCCACCGUUAGAUGACUACAGUCCAUCCAUCCCUGAGAACACCAACUUCCCCGCUGGCAUUGAGCCCCAGAGUAACUAUAUUCCUGAAACUCCCCCACCAGGGUAUCUGAGUGAGGAUGGUGAGACAAAUGACCACCAGCUCAACCACAGCAUGGACACAAGUUCACCCAGCGUGUCACCCAAUCCUGUGUCACCCGCAAACAGUAAUCUUGACUUACAACCCGUGACAUACUGCGAAUCUGCCUUCUGGUGCUCGAUCUCCUACUAUGAGCUGAACCAGCGUGUAGGAGAGACCUUCCAUGCCUCCCAGCCCUCCCUCACUGUGGAUGGAUUCACAGACCCAUCCAACUCUGAACGCUUCUGUUUGGGCUUGCUGUCCAACGUCAACCGCAACUCGGCAGUAGAGCUCACACGCAGACACAUAGGACGGGGCGUGAGGUUGUACUACAUUGGAGGAGAGGUGUUCGCAGAGUGCCUCAGUGACAGCGCCAUCUUUGUCCAGAGUCCUAACUGCAACCAGCGCUAUGGCUGGCAUCCUGCCACUGUCUGCAAAAUACCUCCAGGCUGCAACCUGAAGAUCUUCAACAACCAGGAGUUUGCUGCUCUUCUUGCCCAGUCAGUCAACCAGGGCUUUGAGGCCGUCUACCAGCUCACCAGAAUGUGCACCAUUCGCAUGAGCUUUGUCAAGGGUUGGGGAGCAGAGUACAGACGUCAGACAGUGACCAGCACCCCCUGCUGGAUAGAACUGCAUCUCAAUGGCCCUUUGCAGUGGCUGGACAAGGUUCUCACACAGAUGGGCUCUCCCAGCAUCCACUGCUCCAGUGUGUCCUAGGAGCAGCACAUGCUUCCCAGACAACCCCCUUCCCAUCCACUUAAACACAUAUCCACCAUCCACAUAGGAAAAGUCAAGCGUCCCCCAAUAAGGAACGAGACGCCUCUCAUCAAAUCAAAAAAUCAUUCUCGUCCCUUGCUGUCUACCAUUUCACCUCACCUCUAUAGCACUUUCCUCAGUACCAUUUAGUGUCUGCAUUUGAUGGUUAUUUUAGGACUUGUACAUUGUUUUGUUUUCAUGUGUUCGGGCAGCCACAGGGUAUUUGCAAUAGGUUUCAAAAGACUAACUACAUUUUCUUCAUUCUUCAUUCAGACAUGUCUAUCCUCAGUGUUGUCAUUUUUUUUUUUUUUUUUUAAACGAAGGAGAUUGAAAUGUAUGUUUCCCAAGUUGAAGUUAUGGCACAUUUCCAGCUUGGUCACCUUUUUAAAAUGUUUCAAAACAUUUUUGAUUCUAUGAAUUAGCUAAAAUAUGCUAUCAUCACUGGUGUUUCAGUGUCCCAGUACCACUCUUUGUAAUCACUGAAUUAAGAGGCUUAUUUAUCAAUUGAGCCAUAAAUUAACUUGAAAAAUGUCAUUCUGAGUAGUGAUUAAAUAGAAUAUAUUUAAUUAUUAUCUUAAGUACAAGGUACUUUGCCAAUAUUGAUUUAUCUGUAUAAAUUAAAGUGUCAAUUAUCUGAUUGAUCAUGUAAUUGGUAUUUUAUCUAUUUUAAAAUUAAAUAUAGACAUUAGCACCAUCGUUUCUUGAAAAGAACCCUUGUAUGAAAACUAUUUUGCUCAGUGAAAGAGACGUUUUCUAAGUUAUUUUUGCAUACUGUCCUGCAUGGGAAUAUAUUUUUUUUAUUGCCUUGAUAUGAUUGUACAUAAAUAUUUAUAGCUUGUGAUUUCUCGUAGUCAUGCAGUGUUUGAAACAGUGGCCCCAACUGACCUCCAGCAUGAGUAGAUUCACAAAAAGACUUUGCUUUAAUGACCCAAGACUUGGUCUGCUUAAAUGCAGACUUUUCUUACGUGGGUCAACUUAAGUGUGACAAAUAGAAUAACUGUACCAGCUAUUACUGUUAUAUGGACAAAGAGUAUGACAUACAGUAUGAACGAUCAUAGAGAACUGGUUGAAUUUGGGCAUCCAUGAGACUUCAGUUUGACGGGUACUCACUAGAGGCAACAGUGGCAGUGGCUCAACCAUCGAUGGCAUUUAGGGUAAAAACAUAAAUGCAAAUCUCCUCGCAUAUUACCAACUGUUAGCCAAUAGUACACUAUGCUCCUUGUGGGCAAAUGAUGCACUUCCAAUUUACUGUGUUGAUCAGUGUAACGCUUAAGUUCUAGUGGUAAAACUUGUCUAGUAAAUACUGAAUAUAACAUGUACAGUGCUACGAUAUAAGGCAUGUGUAAUAUGCUCGCUGUCCUUGUCUAUGAACCCACCAUGUUUAUCCUGCACUUAUGUAAGACUGAGUCACCAUGUAAUCUAUUUAAAGCAGUUACAAGGUGCUAAACUGAAAAACUGUACUACAGUGCAUUAGGUAGUUGGUAGUUCUGUAUCAGUACUUGUGUUUCUUGAUGUUCUUAGUUGGUGAUUUUCUGUUCCAAGUCUUAUGUACAUUCUUUUUUCAUGUAGCCUAAUAUAUUUUCUCAAAUGAACAUUGUUUUGUUAUCUGUGAACAUUUUAGGAAUUGCAAUUUUUUUUUU